UUGAACCGCCGCAUCCAGCUGGUUGAAGAGGAGCUGGACCGGGCUCAGGAGCGCCUGGCCACGGCCCUGCAGAAGCUGGAGGAAGCCGAGAAGGCGGCCGAUGAGAGCGAGAGGGGCAUGAAAGUAAUUGAAAACCGAGCCCUGAAGGAUGAGGAGAAGAUGGAGCUGCAGGAGAUCCAGUUGAAGGAGGCCAAACACAUUGCGGAGGAGGCCGACCGGAAGUAUGAGGAGGUGGCCCGUAAGCUGGUGAUCAUCGAAGGAGACCUGGAACGGACCGAAGAAAGAGCCGAGUUGGCUGAAUCUAAAUGUUCAGAAUUUGAAGAGGAGCUGAAGAACGUUACCAACAACCUCAAGUCGCUUGAGGCUCAGGCGGAGAAGUACUCUCAAAAAGAGGACAAAUAUGAAGAGGAGAUCAAGAUUUUGACCGACAAACUCAAAGAGGCAGAAACCCGGGCCGAGUUUGCCGAGAGAUCGGUCGCCAAAUUGGAGAAGACCAUCGAUGACUUGGAAGAUAAGCUGAAGUGCACCAAAGAGGAACAUCUCUGCACGCAACGGAUGUUGGACCAAACCCUUCUCGAUCUGAACGACAUGUAA